AUGUUGCCCUCUUCGAUGCGGCGUGUAGUCGCCGCGGCCGUCCCCCAGACUGGCCGCGCUCUGGCGUCAUCCGCCCCCAAGACGGUCGCCGCUUCUGCUCCGGUUGCCUUCCGCGGCCACCAGCGUCGCUGCUCAUCCUCAAAACCAUCGCGGUCGGAUAAUGGCUCCAACGAUAUUGCCGCUGGCCAGUCUGUUCCCGCCUCGGCCGCCUCUGCCCCCAAGGCUGGCAGCGACAAGCGCAAACGCAAGUCCAAGGACACAUCUGAUCGUGAUGCCUCCUUUAAGAGACUCCCAAGCGUCCCUAACACGUACCACAUGUCUGAAGAAGCUUUGAGCCUGUCGAGCUUUUUCUCUCUGCACCGACCCAUCUCCAUCACGCAAACGAUGCCCCGAACCGUCAGCGAUGAACACUUUGCUUCCAUCUUUGCUGCUCGCUCCAAGGCAGCCAAGAUGAACGACACCAUGUCCACACUGUCCGAUACGAUCGAUCAGCUUGAUGGCCCCAUGGCCAGCGUUACCAUUGGCGACCCUGCGGAGGAAGAUGCCAUGCGGGAUGGCAUGCGCCGCGUUGAGUUCAAGAACCCUGACGGCUCCGAAUCUAGCCUUUACCUGCAGGUUGACACCAUGUCUGGCGAUUUCCUGCCCUUCCGCCCGCCACCUUCGCCGCAGGCCCAGAUCCAGCCCGAGCCCGAAGCCGCUGCUGAGACUGCUGAGCACGCCGAGACCAAGCCUUCACACCGCGUCUACAACGCCAUGUUCACCAUUGAGGAGUCGACCGAGGCCAACGGUCAGAUCCGCAUCGUCGCGCAUAGCCCUCAUAUCAUGCAGGACGAGCAGCCCCGAAGCUUUUUGGAGCGCCUGGCUCAGCGCCAGCUGCGCGUUGAGGAUGCCCGCGGCCGCCGCAGCAUGCACGCCAUCAGCGUCAAGCGCCAGAGAAAGUUGAAGAUGAAGAAGCACAAGUACAAGAAGCUUAUGAAGAGGACACGCAACGAGCGCCGCAAGCUUGAUAGAACUUAA